CUCGGAAACAAUUUUGAGCAACCUGAACCAUCUCCAGAGCCCAGGCAACAUCUAAACUGCCUAAUGGAGAUCAUAAAAUUAUUACAGGAACGGUGCCUGUCCAUUCUAAACGUUUUGGUACGAAUCUGCCUCGGUCCAUUCCGCAGGUUUGCGUUGCCUCCUCCACUCAGCCGGCAAACGCAACCUGAUCGCCAAAACGCUUUUGACCAGCUCGCACCACCAUUCUCUGCGUCUGCAUCCACGGAGCCCUGGCAGAUAUUCAUUAACCAUCGCGGAAGUGAUGUCAAAUACACACUUGCCAGCAAAAUUCACCAAACACUUGAUGGCAAGGGAUUCCGAGCUUUCCUCGAUGUAGAAGAACUUAAGGCCGGCGACGUGAUACCAGCAGAAAUAGAAGCAGCAAUGAAGAGUGCCUCUCUUCACAUUGCCAUUUUUUCUCCCAACUAUGCCCAAUCCCCAUGGUGUUUGGCUGAGCUAUCUUUCAUGCUAAAAACUGGUGCAAAAGUUAUCCCCAUAUUCUAUCAUGUUGAGCCCUCUGACCUCAGAUGGAUUGAGCAAGGAAAAGGAAAAUAUGCCCAUGCAUUUUCAGAUCACAGAAAGAAAGGCAGAUACACCCAGGAAAAGCUCAAUGAGUGGAAAAAGGCACUUCACGACAUUUCAUUCCAUUCCGGCCACGAGGUCAAAAAUAAUGAGGACGAGGCCACAGUUUUGAAGAAUAUUGUAACUUGUGCAUUGAAAGUCAUGAAAAGUGUUCCCUUGUGGGUCGCCGAACAUCCCCUUGGAUUGGAUGAAAUGGUGAAAGGCUUCCAAUCAGUCGCAAGUGAAGGCAAUGUAAAAAUCACGGGGAUCGUGGGCAUGGGAGGUAGUGGUAAAACCACUUUGGCCAAAGAACUCUUCAACAUAAACUUUUCCUCCUUUGAGAGAUGCAGUUUUGUUUCGGAUGUGCGUGAUGCAGCAUCCAGAAAUGCUCUGCUUGACAAGCAGAAAAAGCUUCUAACAGACCUCGGUGUCCAUCAUCUGUCAUUCGACAGUGUAGAUGAAGGCAAAGCAGUUCUCGGAAAUCGAUUGGGCUCUCAUCGGGGGCUCAUCGUUUUGGAUGACGUGGAUCACAUCGACCAGUUGAAUGCUCUUUUGCCAAAUAAAGACAACCUUGGAUCCGAGAGUAUGGUUAUUGUAACAUCCCGUGAAUUGGGGGUCCUUAAAUUAUGGGGCCUUUCCUGCAUUUAUAAAAUGCCAGGACUGAACAGGUCACAUGCCGAGCAGCUGUUCUGCUGGCACGCUUUCUUGCAACACUUUCCACCCACUGGAUUUGAAACUCUGGUUCAAGAUUUCUUGAAGGCAUGCAAUGGGUUGCCUCUGUCGCUAAAGGUUUUGGGGGCACAAUUAUAUGGCGAAAAGUCAAAAGAUUACUGGAAAUCCCUAUUAAAUAAACUCUCAAGAGUAUUGCCUGGCGACAUCCAAAAAAGUCUACAGCUUAGCUAUGAUGCUCUGGAUGAAGAAGAAAAAGAGAUGUUCUUGGAUGUGGCUUGUUUUCUCAUUGGAGAAUGGAAAAGCACUGCUAUAGCAGUGUGGGAUGGAAUGCAUUGGAGUGGUCUGCACGGUUUACAAACACUUGUGAAUAAGUGUCUUGUGGAGCUGGUUGACGAGCGAGAUUAUCGGAGAGGACAUUUCUUCUACGAGGAGAAGCUAAGGAUGCAUGAUCAUCUCAGGGAUAUGGGAAGGGAGAUUGCAAGUAGACACUCGUCAAAUCGUCUUUGGCAGCCACAGAUUGAUGACAAAAAACAUUUCAAGAAAGAAAUGCCAAUUCGAGGGAUACAACCUCCAGCUACUUUUGUCGCAUACAAAGAGUACACGCAGUUAAUGGGAAUCUCAAGUAGAUUAUCAAAUGGAUUAGAAAUUCUUCAUGUAGAAGGAAAUGAUUUCACAGAAAAUUUUGCAUCGUUAUCAGAACAUCUUGUGUGGCUUCGCUGGGAAGGUUUUCCCCUAAAAUAAAUUCCAGUAUGGCUUACAUUAAGACAUUUAAGUGUUUUAGAGAUUCAUGGUGGUGAUGAGCUGGAAGAAUUGUGGGAAGAUAAUGUGGAUGUAAGUAUUUUGAUUUCGUUGUUAAUAAGAUCACUUAAAAAGCUUAUUUUUCGUUCAUGCUUUUUUGAAUUAAAUUAAGUACUGAACAAUUGAGAGAGCUUAUUAUACAGAGUAACAGAAAAUUGCAGCGGCUUCCAAGCUCAAUUGGACGUCUUCACUAUUUGAAAAAGCUUUUAUUUAACUUUGACGGUAGCAGUUUGCCAGAACAGUUCUGUGGUCUCCAAUCGCUGGAGUAUUUGUCGUUUUUUGCUCCAAAUCUAUCUUCACUGCCUGAUGGUUUUGGCAAUUUAAAAAGCUUGAAGUCUAUAUGUCUACAAAAUUGCAGGCAGUUGAGCGAGUUGCCAGGUUCUUUCACGCAGUUGAUACACCUGGAAAUGCUACAAAUAUCAGGUAGUGAAAUUCUGUCCUCACUACCUGAUGGUUUUGGCAAUUUAAAAAGCUUGAAGUCUAUACAUAUA